AUGGAGGAGGCCACGGCCGAGGCGGAGCACAAGGGCUGGUGCGACACCGAGCUUGCCACCAACGAGCACACGCGCAAAGAGAAGACCGCGGCGGUGAUGAUGCUGCACGCGGAGAUCGACGAGCUGUCGGCGUCGAUCGCAAAGGAGACGCAGGAGAUCGCCGAGCUCGUCGCCGGCAUCGCGGAUCUCGACAAGGCCAUGGCCGAGGCCACCGACCUCCGCAAGUCCGAGAAGGAGAAGAACGAGGAGACCAUCGCCGACGCGCAGGAAGCGCAGACCGCCGUGGCCCAGGCCCUGACGGUCCUCAAGGACUUCUAUUCGAAAGCUUCGGAGGCGACGGCGCUGCUCCAGCAGGGGCAGCAGCCGACUCCGCCGCCGAUCUUCGACUCGCCGUACAAGGGCAUGGGCGACGAGGCCGGCGGCGUGGUGGGCAUGCUGGAGGUGAUCGAGUCCGACUUCGCCCGCCUGGAGGCCGACACCAAGGCGGCGGAGGCCGCGGCGCAGAAGGAGUACGACACCUUCAUAACGGACUCCAGGGUCGACAAGGAGGGCAAGGAGACGGACGUCGAGCACAAGACGGCCAAGAAGGGGGCCGAGGAGCAGGCCCUCUCCAGCGCGCAGUCCGACCUCGAGGGCACCCAGAAGGAGCUAGACGCCGCACUAGCCUACUUCGACAAGCUCAAGCCCUCCUGCGUCUCGGAGGGCGUCGACUACGACGCGCGCGUGCAGCGCCGCCAGGAGGAGAUCGAGUCGCUCCAGGAGGCAUUGAGGAUCCUCAACGGCAAGGAGAUAGUCUGA